CAAUGCGCCUGACAGGGCUCCCUUAGUCACCGCGGCUCGCUGCCUGCCAAAGGGCGGUAAGGCCGAGCUGCCUCGGCGCCAGCUCCUCCUCCGCUCCGGCAGAGGGCGGUGCAGCGCUGGCAGAGGGGGCGCAGGGACGUCUGGACGCGUCGCCGUGCGCAGGAAGGUGUCAGCCAUGGCCGUGCUGCUGGAGACUACGCUGGGCGACCUGGUGAUCGACCUGUACACGGAGGAGCGGCCCCGCGCUUGUCUGAAUUUCCUGAAGCUUUGCAAAGUCAAGUACUACAACUACUGUCUUAUUUAUAAUGUACAGAGAGAUUUUAUUAUACAAACCGGUGACCCCAUGGGAACUGGCCGGGGAGGGGAAUCCAUAUUUUGUCAGCUGUAUGGUGAUCAAGCUAGAUUUUUUGAGGCAGAAAAAGUACCAAGGAUAAAGCACAAGAAGAAAGGAACUGUAUCAAUGGUGAACAAUGGGAAUGAUCAGCAUGGCUCACAGUUUCUUAUUACUACAGGGGAAAACUUGGAUUACCUUGAUGGUGUGCAUACAGUAUUUGGAGAAGUGACAGAAGGCAUGGAUGUAUUGAAGACAAUUAACGAAACCUUUGUAGAUAAGGAUUUUAUCCCAUAUCAAGAUAUCAGGAUAAAUCAUACAGUAAUUUUAGAUGAUCCGUUUGAAGACCCCCCUGGCUUGUCUGUUCCCGACCGCUCACCAGAACCUACCAAGGAACAGCUAGAUAGUGGCAGAAUAGGAGCAGAUGAAGAAAUUGAUGACUUGAAAGGACUGUCUGUAGAUGAAGUAGAAGAAGUUCAGGCAGAAAAGGAAGCAAAAACUCGUGCCAUUCUUCUGGAAAUGGUGGGAGACUUACCAGAUGCAGAGAUCAAGCCACCAGAAAAUGUGCUGUUUGUUUGUAAACUAAAUCCUGUGACCACAGAUGAAGACCUAGAGAUAAUAUUUUCACGAUUUGGACCCAUUAAAAGCUGCGAGGUAAUCCGAGACUGGAAGACCGGAGAGUCGCUUUGUUAUGCUUUCAUUGAGUUUGAAAAGGAGGAAGACUGUGAGAAGGCUUACUUCAAAAUGGACAAUGUGCUGAUAGAUGACAGGCGGAUACAUGUGGAUUUUAGCCAGUCUGUUGCAAAGAUUAAGUGGAAGGGAAAAGGUGGGCGGUAUAGCAAGGACGAUUUCAAGGAGUAUGAAAAGGAACGCAACAGACCUUCAAAACUUGCUUUGAAAGAGAAGGUAAAGCCAAAGCAAGAUGCCAAGUACGACCUUGUACUGGAUGAGGAUGUAGAAAAGUCUCAAACGAGUCAGUCGCACUCGGCUAAAAAACAGAAGAAGAAAAAGCACCACCACUCUGAAGAUGAAGAGGAUGACAAGAGGACAAAAAAAUCUAAGGAUGCUGAUCGAAGACACGAAGGUGAACGCUGUAGAGAGAGGGUAAAGAGUGAGAAGAAAGACAGGCAUCGCAGUCGCAGCCGAUCUCACGAGAGAGACUACACUUACAGCAAACAAAAAGACAAGUACAAGGAAGAUUCCCGAGUAAGAGACUGGGAUAGAAAAGCAAGCAGAAGUCCUAAGAAAUCAAAAGACAAAGAGAGGUCCAAGUACAGAUGAAAGAUGAGGAGAGGAGAACUAAACUAUGUUGUUUUCCAGCAUUCUCUCAAGUGGAUAUGCAGUUACUGGAUAAAAGCACCUGCCUUUUGCUGGUAGCUUGGCCUUGAAAUUCUAUGAAUGCCCAGUGUGUGAGGAAGCCUUGAUUCCAGAAAGGUGUUCUCAAUAAAGUGUUUCACGUAAGUGAAAUGGUUUGAGUGUCCAAUAAGGAAUGUUGUGUAAAGCUGCUUGGAAAUACAGGGAUGCAGUAACAAUUUCAUUGCCAUUCUCUGCUGUGAAGAGAUUUGCAGGACAUGCAUCCUUUCUACAAGGAGGUUGUAUUUACAUUUCAGCUGUUGGAACGAGGAUGAUAGAAGAUAGGUGGAGACAGAAAUGUGCAGUGCACACUCCUUCCACAAAGCACGCAGAUACCAUUUGUACAGGAAUACUCCAAACUCUCUCAUGCAGCACUGGUUAAAGGUAUGGCAGUGCUGCACUGUAAUGAAUCAGUUGUACAUGCUUGCUUCAAUAUGCAGAUUGCUUGUCUGUGUGGCAUUGCUGGAGGAGGCCGUUCAGAAUUGAGGUUCACUUCAUACUUGGCCCAGCUGUAGCCACUGUUAAAGAUCUAACCUAAAGUAUCUGAGGGAUCCAGCUGCUAUGGUGUCAGGCAGGUCACACUGGGUGGGUAAGAAAGAGAAUUGUCAUUAUCAGAACUACCAGAAAAAGCAGAACUCAUACAUUGCAUUGUGUUUACUGAACCUAGAUGGGAUUAAUGGUCGGGUUUUGUGGCAGAAUUAGGUCGGUUCAUCUACAGAGGAAUGCAAGUCAAGCUAUUAGAGCUUGGGUCUUACUGAAAGGCUGCAAGAGUUCCUAGAUGCCUGGCUUACCCCUCACAAUUUGAACAGUCUUAGCCAGUAUGCAUACAUCUUAAGAACCUUCAUGCCCUGUUUCUCCUCAGAGGGUGUUAGGAGACACGGGGAGUAGUACUUGUCUUCCCUUCCCCUCUUCACAUGUGUAAUGACUUAGAGGCAGACUGCUUUGAUGAAUAAAUUUCACUCGUUUUUUUCUUUUGGUCAUUGUAUUUUUUCUGUACUACUGUAGUGUCUGAUUGUGAUGUAUAAUAAAACAUUAGAGCUUGAUAGCCUUUAGCAGAAUGUGAUACAAACAAAAGCUAAAAUUCAAGGUAGCCAAGAAAAGCUGCUGUGAAUUACUCUGCCCUCAGGGCCAGCAGCUAUGCUUGGCUCAAGCAUUUGGAUGGACUGUGUGCAGAAAGUGAACUUCUGAUUAAAAUGCUUCCAUGGGAAGGCUGGUACGGAACAAGCAAAAUCUUUGCUGAAGGAACAGAUCUUAAAGCUGUGGCAGAAAGUCCUAACUAAGCAGGCCAGGACAGAUGCUGAGAAUAUCCAGAGCAGGAAUACAGAGGGUAUUGUGUACAGGAAUGUGUUUGUAGCAGCAUCUACCUGGUCCUUGCUUUGUUAAAGACUGAGUGUAUUUGCCUAAGAAGAUGCCUUUUGCUGAAUUUCUCACUUGUAACUUUUGUGUGCUUGAAAGCAUGGAACUAGAGGGCCAGGGUUUCUGUAACUGUCUCUUGACAAAAGCCUCUGAGCACUUGCAGGGGCCUGAGCCGGCCUGGUGGAGUCUGAACAAGAGUGCAGAGCCUGCUGCUGCUCCAGAGGAGUCUGUCAGGGGGCCUGAGGCCGAGGAAUGCUCACUGUUCAGUCAAGAAAGUUUCUACAGAGAGUGUAAAAGCAACUUAGCAUGAAGUUGCAGCAGAAGUUCUAGGCUUCAGCUAGCCCUCAGCCACCUCUGGGACGUACAGAACUUUGUUUAAACAUCCUGUUUCAAGUGAGUUUCUCUCUCAUCUGCAGCAGAAAUGGCUUUGUCCUCACAACAAGUGGAUACUUAAGAACAGAAAGUGUAUGUGGGUAUAAAAGUAAGUUGGCUCAUGUUGGCCAGUCUUCAGAAUAAAGGGUUAAAAAACAAAUACAUCCAAAAAGUUUCAAGUUUCUGAGCUUCACUAUGCCUUAAUGCUUUAAAAAGGUGCCUAGUGCCUUCAGA